CUGCGCCCAUGAAAACAUGAUAUUUUUAAUUUUCUGCAGUUUUUGUUAAUUAUCUUACCCGAUAUAGCGUAUUAUUCAAUUUAUCAUAAGAAACAAUAAAAUGGGAAAGAACAAGAAAAAGAAGAAUGCUGGUCAUUCCUUAGCUGAUGCAGUACGAGGAGUCAAGAAAAUAACACAAAAGAAACUCAAUCCGUUUGAAGUGAAGUUCAACAAGCAGAAACACAAUGUGCUUGGCAAGAAAAUGCUCAAGAAAGAUGUUGGUCUACCUGGUGUAUCCAAAUCAAAGGCAAAUAAAAAGCGACAAGAAACGUUACUCCAAGAGUACAAGAAGAGAGGGAAAGCCAAUCUGUUUGUUGAUCGCCGUUUAGGGGAGACAGAUCCUAACCUAACUAUUGAAGAUAAAAUGUUACAAAGAUAUGCUGCUGAAAAACAGAAAAGCCAUGAUAGAUCUACAUCAAGGUACAGUUUGAACAGUGGAGAGGAGCUGACACAUUAUGGCCAGUCUCUAUCACAGCUGGAGAAGUUUGAAGCCCCAAGACACAGUGAUAGUGAGGAUGAGGAUGAGGGGCGGAUAACAGGUAAGAUGGUAGCUGAGGAGCAUUUUGGUGGAUUCCUUACACAAAAGGAGUUCAUGGACAGAGACUCUGAGAAAACAUGGAAGGAGAGAAUGGAAGAGACCAUAGCUAAGUCCAAGAAAGCAAAGUAUGACCGUCAAGUGGAAAAAGACAAGACCAUUGAGGUGACUGAUAAACUGGACUCGGAUUGGCAGGAACUACGCAUGUUGAUUGGAGGCAUAAAGAAACAGUCUAAGGAAGUUGAGAAGCCAAAAUCAGAUGACUAUGAUGUCAUGGUCAGAGAACUGCAGUUUGAAAUAACUGGCAAGGCAUCAGAUAGGAUGAAGACUGAAGAAGAAAUAGCUAAGGAAGAAAAAGAAAGGCUUGAUAAGUUGGAGGCUGAUAGGAGACUACGGAUGAAAGGUAUUAGCAUUGAGACGGGAGCUGUCCAACAUAGAUCAGCUGACGAUUUAGAUGAUGGCAUGGAUUAUGAGGGUGGGGACAAUACACCUGGUUAUGUUGUUUAUAAGGAUGGUAAACUGGUCAACAGUGAUGAUGAAGAUGAUGAUGAUGAUGCUGCUGCAGAGGAGGAAGAUGAUAAGGAUGGUGAUGAAGGUGAAAGCGAUAAUGAAGAUGCUGAGGCUGGUGAGGAAGAUGCAAGUGAUGGGGAUGAAGAAGAUGAAGACAGUUAUGAUGACAUAGAUAGUGAUGACCCUGACUCAGGAGAUGAUGUCAAUCCCAAAGAAACUCUGGCUAAGCAAUCAAAAAUAUUGAAACCACUUGAUCCAAAGAAAAAGCAGGAAGUGAUAGAAAAGGCAUCAAAAGAGUUACCAUAUGUUUUCAAAGCUCCAGACAGCUUUGAAGAAUUUAUGAGAUUGAUAGAGGGAGCAACCUCAAAAGACCAAGUGACAAUUAUUGAGCGUAUUCGUAAAUGUCACCAUGUUAGUCUUGCUGAGGGGAAUAAAGAAAAACUAAAGACAUUUAGUAGCAUCCUACUGCAAUACCUUGGUGAGCUGGCCAUGCAGCCAAAACUGGACCUUGACCUGAUAGACAGUAUCACCCGACAUAUAUACAGCCUGAACAAGCAGUUUCCCCAGUUCCUAGGGGAGACAAUGUCUGCUGUGCUCAUUGAAUGUGUUGAGGCGUUUACGUCACAUGCAGAGAGACAUGGGGGCAGAGGAGUAUUCCCAACACUUGAUACAGUAUUUUAUCUCCGAUUGAUUGCUGUAUUGUAUCCCACAUCUGACUUCCAACAUCAUAUCACCACCCCAGCUAUGCUCUUUAUGGGAACCAUUCUAGCCAAGAGUCCAGUGAAGAAUCUCACAGAUGUAGCCUCAGGUCUCUAUUUAUGUACAGUUUUCCUACAGUAUGUGAGUCUAUCAAAACGAUAUAUACCAGAGUUGAUCAACUUCCUACGUGGAAUUCUUGCUUUAGGAGUAAGCACUAAGAAAAGAAAGGCCGAUGAUGUACUUCCCCCAUUCAGACCUGUAGGCCCAGGUACAGAUCUCUUAAACGUAACUAAGGAUGACACAAGGAAAACAGAAGUAGGCCCUCUUAAGUUCCAGACAAUAUUUUGUGGAGAAGAUAUGUCAGAGAUUUCUAAGCGACCUGAACAGUCAAUAGAAAUAAGACUAAGUGCAAUUAACACCUCACUUCACCUGCUAGAGGACUGCGUUGAGAAGUAUAAUGACCUUGAAUCAUUCCGGGAAAUAUUUACACCAAUUUAUAGUCUCCUGAAACGUCUCCCUGUGAAGUUCUAUCCUGCAUCUAUGAAGGAGAAAUGCAGUAAACUGGUGCAGACUUUAGAUACAAGAUUCACUAAACCUAGACAAUACCUUACUAUGGUGAAAAAGAAGCCCCAACCAUUAAAAACUUUUGAACCUAAAUUUGAUGAAAGAUUUGAUGCUCGUAAGAAACGUGCUGGAACACGAGAGGAAAAUGAAUCACAACGGCUCAUCCACAAACAUAAGAAGGAACUCAAGGGUGCAGUAAGAGAGAUCAGAAAAGAUGCACAGUUCUUGUCACGAGUCCAACUAAAGGAGAAAUUAGAUAGAGACCAAGAGAGGAAUGAAAAGGUGAAGGCCAUACACCAGAUGCUAGCUUCGCAGGAGGGAGACUUCAAGGCAUUGAAGAGAAAAAAGAACUCUUUAUAG